CACUUCCGCAUUUACAUACGUACAGUUCGAAGUCGAGAUUAUCGCACAAUCAUCGUACGUCUAGUGUUGUUGUAUGCAACUGCCAUAAGUCGUGCGAUAAGCGAACGAGAAUCGUGCAUUGUACUGUUGUGCGUUUAGAAAGCUGUUCCGUAGUAUUUCUUUUUAUCGUUAAGGAAAUCUAUUUUAUUUCGGUACUCUUCUCGAUCGAUGCAAAAAAAAAAGGAAAGAAAAGAAGAAAUAACGUUUAUCAUUAUCUUCUUUUGUGACUUCGUUACGAAACAUUCAAAAUGUCGAUCGCAUCCUUCGUCUCCCUUUUUCCUUUCUCUUUCGACGCGAUCGCUUGCUGACGUCGUCAGUUUAUUUAUCACAUCGACUAUACUAGGAUAGAGGAACGUGCUAAGAAUUCUAUAAAGAUUUCUAUUGAUAUUGGUACGUAUUUUAAAAUACAUACGAAAUUUUAAUUAUAUUAUAUAAUAAACAUAGUAAGAACAGAGUUUCGAUAUGGGAUAAGGAUUUAUUAUUAUUAAUUAAGGAUAAGAAAGAAAAAAAUGUACACCAUUCGGUUACAAAAAUUAUUUCUAUGUCCAGUUUCAUAAUUUUCGUUCGUCGAUAGGAUGUGUCGUAAACGUAAAUAAUUUAAUAUAAAUCUGAAAUUUUAAAUAUCGAUAAGGAGAAAAAAACCGAUCUUUGUGGAAAAAAAAGAAGAGAGAGAAGAAUAAUUCAACGCUAUUUGAUUACAAAAAAAUUUCUUUUUAUGUUCCGUUUCGCAAGUUUCAUUCGCCGAACGGAUAUCGAAACGUAAACAAAGAUUCUUUCGAGAGCGGUGUUAAAGAUAAAUAAACAACGUUAACAUCUUUCGGUGAUCUUUCACGCAUGAACGCAAACGCGGAUACGAAGCAAGCAUUCUAGUCGAGUUAUGCUAGCACGUCGGUCACGAUAUGUAACUUGUCUACCAUUUUCAAAUAGAAACUCAAGACGUUUUAUUCUGACUGUCGUAACCGCGCUAAUAAGUAGGUCUCACGCCGUUAGUCUUCACGAGGAAACACGCGAACCAAGUUAUCGUCGUCGAUCCGGAGCUACUUGAAUGGAUAACAAAAAAGAAUAAAAAAAAAGAAAGAAGAAAGAAAUAAUCAAAGAGAAUCUUUUCGUCUUUCUCUCGAACGAACUUGAACUUGAGAAGAACGAAGAAAUUAGUCUUUUCCUUUUAGAGUAUACCGUCGUUAAUUCCGUAACGAUACGUUUUGUAACGAAAUCGUGGAGGGAAGGACUUCGAUUGAAACACUUUCCUUGCGGUUGCACGUUACACGAGCGAUACGCAAAACAUCGAGAAUAAUCGGAUAAAAUAAGUUUAGAUCGAUAGAAGGAUCAAGAAAAAAUGUGGACAAAAGUGAUCGUCUUAAUCGUCAUAUACCUUUCGAUGAUUUUGAAAGUAAGGACGAAGGAGACGUGUAGCUUGGACAACGGAGAUGAAAAAGAACAGACUCGAUUUCGUACGUUCGAUUUGAGCAGAUUUUCAAGAAUCUCACGUCGGCUUGAUCAUCUCACCGAUGAUGUCGGAGUCGAUGAUUCGCGAACUCGAAGUUUAUUGGAAUCAUCCAAAGUAUCGAACGGAUAGCGACAGGAUCGCACUUUACAGGGAUGAUCCAGCGAAUGGAUCCGAACCGAUUCUCAUUUUGGAACCAAAAUCGUCGAGUGGUAUAAAGGGUACAGGAAUUCAGGCCGAAUAUCUGCCUACUACGAAUUUGACCUAUCGUAGGCAAUGUCUCGAGUAUUACGUUGCUUGGCUGAGGAAUGGUACCCUGAGGAAAGUGAAUUGUCUCGAAACUCGCCCCAAUUGGAUGGCCGAGAGGAAAGAGAUUCUAGGUCCUCUUAAAAUGAACAAAAUAUUUUUACCAGGCACGCACGAUUCGGCGUCCUAUGCGAUCCACAAACGGGCCGAUCGAGAAGACAUUAUUGAGAAAUACGUUAUAACGCAGGACGUAGACGUACUCGCGCAAUUGAUAUACGGAGUACGAUACUUGGACAUUCGAGUUGGAUAUUAUCCUCGCACGAACGAAAUCUGGUGGGCUAAUCACGGAAUCGUACAGUUGAUGCCAUUACGAAUCAUCAUCGAGCAAGUGAAAGAAUUUCUCGAUAAUACCGAGGAGAUCGUGAUCUUUGACGUUCAAGAAUUUCCAGUUGGAUUUCAUAAGAACUUGUCCAUACACCAGCAGUUCGUUAAAUAUUUGGAGAAACAAUUUAUGGGUUACUAUUUACCUUACAAAACCGGUUGGUUCACAACAUUGAAUGCGAUUUGGUCCUCGAAAAGGAGACUGAUUAUCGGUUACGAUGAAAAACAAAUUGUCAGCUUUUACGAAAGCCUUUGGCCUUGCGUUACCCAUCAGUGGGGUAACGUUCGAACGAUCGACGAUCUAUAUCGUUAUCUCAAUCGCAUCGAAACGUCGAGUCAAUGGGACAACAAAACAACGCCAAGAUCCGCGAUGGCGGAAUUGACGCCUAAUACGUGGGACGUGAUUUUAAACAGAUUGGGAGGUCUUCGUCGAAUGGCCGAUAGAGUCAAUGCCAAUGUCACGAGUUGGUAUGCAACGAAAUGGCAACGUACAGCUAACAUCGUCGCGGUUGACUUUGUAAGAGGUUCUGGCAUCGUCGAGACUUCUAUCGAGUGGAAUGAUCGACGAAACUCCAACUGUUAA